GAGGGUUGGGGGCGAGAGAGAAAGUAACUCCAGGACGAGACCGGAGCGACCCGCGCAGCGAGCAAAGGCGGCGAAGCUGCGCCCGGCGCCCAAGACCGGCGGCUGCGGGGGGCGGGGGCUGCGCCCGAGCCCGAUCCGCCGCUCCGGCUCCGAGCAGUGGUCUCCGGAAGAGGGUUGUGGUCCCGCACGGAUGCGCUUGUUGGGGAAAACCUUGGAGAUUCAGAGAAAGGCGUAAAGCCUGGGGCUUCCAACGAUACUCUGGGCAGAGAUGGAAGCCUAGAUGCCUCACCGCAAGGAGCGGCCGAGCGGGUCCUCGCUUCACACACACGGCAGCGCCGGCACCGCGGAGGGAGGAAACAUGUCCCGGCUGUCUCUCACCCGGUCGCCUGUGUCUCCUCUGGCUGCACAGGGCAUCCCCCUGCCAGCCCAGCUCACCAAGUCCAAUGCACCUGUGCACAUUGACGUGGGUGGCCACAUGUACACCAGCAGCCUGGCUACGCUCACCAAGUACCCCGACUCCAGAAUAAGCCGCCUCUUCAAUGGCACCGAACCCAUCGUCCUGGACAGUUUGAAGCAACAUUACUUCAUCGACCGGGAUGGGGAGAUUUUCCGCUAUGUCCUGAGCUUCCUGCGGACGUCCAAGCUGCUGCUCCCGGAUGACUUCAAGGACUUCAGCCUGCUAUACGAGGAGGCGCGCUACUAUCAGCUGCAGCCCAUGGUGCGCGAGCUGGAGCGCUGGCAGCAGGAGCAGGAGCAGCGGCGCCGCAGCCGAGCCUGUGACUGCCUGGUGGUGCGCGUCACGCCUGAUCUGGGCGAGCGGAUCGCGCUCAGCGGCGAGAAGGCCCUCAUCGAGGAGGUCUUCCCCGAGACCGGAGACGUCAUGUGCAACUCCGUCAACGCCGGCUGGAACCAGGACCCCACGCACGUCAUCCGCUUCCCGCUCAACGGCUACUGCCGGCUCAACUCGGUACAGGUCCUGGAGCGGCUGUUCCAGAGGGGUUUCAGCGUGGCUGCAUCCUGUGGGGGCGGCGUGGACUCCUCCCAGUUCAGUGAGUACGUGCUUUGCCGGGAGGAGCGGCGACCACAGCCCACCCCCACUGCUGUUCGGAUCAAGCAGGAACCCCUGGACUAGGCCCUGCUUCAGUGCCCACCUGGGCCCCCCCAGGGACCUGGAAACAGUGCUGGGGAGUUCUGCCUGUGCGUGCUUGGCUGUGGGCAUGAGACCGAGGGUGAGGCUGAAGGGUCCGAAGCUGGCACAGGGAGCACCAGGGCCCCAGGUGUCAUGGCAACAGAAUGUCGGAUGCUGGAGGCAUGCCUGCCAAAGGAUUGUUGAUGUGACCCAAAGAUGCAGCAGUGGGAACUCUGCUGCCAGUUAUCCCAGCCCCUUGGCUCCCGAUCCUGGUGCAGCAUCCUCUGAGGACCCAGGGCCUGCAGGGGCAGGGUUGGAAGAGGCAUCUGCAGCUACUCCAGAGGAGCUGUUUAUCCUUCUCCACAUGGGGCACACUCUGGUGGUGGGUCUUCUAGCGUCUGAGAUGGCUUAUUUUUCUACAGUAUUUAAAAUGGAAGCAACCAUAACUGCAAAAGUCAGAGAGGCCGACAAGGACCAACGCUUCUUUAUCUGGUGCUCAGUUCUCAGUCGGACGCGCAUCACGGCCGCAGGGUAGACGAGCUGCCUGGCAUUCAGGCCCAGAUGCCUGCAGGGCUGGGUCUCUUGGGACAGAUGCAGGGAUGUGUGCUGCAGGGCUGCUGGGAGGAAAGUGGUAGGGGCCUGGGGGCUGAGUGGCUCUCUAACCAUCUGAGACCCUCACCUUUGCUGCCGUCUGGGGCUCAGGCUCUACCCCUAGGUCACGUGACCUCCUGCUGCCUGAAGAGCUUCCAGUCCUGUCUGUGUGGACUGGCACCUGGGCUGCUGGAGAAGCCUCCUCCCGUUCCGACCAGCCUCAGGGCUGCACCUUACCUCAGGAAUGGGCCCCACCCUGAAGGGGCCCAUCUGUCAGCAGCGUCUUCUGGGUCCCCAGCUCAGGGAGCCAUCCCCAGCUCCAGAUUUCUUACUCAAAUAUGCACAGAGUUUUAAUUAAACUUGUUACGCUAGCCUGCCAAGGAGACCCAGACACGGGCAGACCUGGCGCUCUUGACCCCAGAUUCCAGUGAGGACUGGCCCAGAGGAGUCCUUGCAGACCUGCUGACUCCCUUACGACAGGCCUAAAGAUGGACCCCUCCCCCCAGCCUUGUGACAGCUCCCCAUGUGUUCUCCAGUGGAGAAACUGCAGAGGACUAGUGGGCGGGGCUUCCCAACCAUCACCAUCCUGUGUACAAUGGCUGUAGGCUUGUAUAUGGCUCCUUUAAUAUUGUAAAGAUGCUGAUGUACAAUUGUCGUGCAUUUGUGUGAACACACUGCGUUCCUAGUCCAUGCCAUAAAUGAUGCUCUAAUGAAAAGACUGGAGGCUCUGUCCUGUGCAGAAGCAGCAGCUGGACUUCCGCAUUCGGUGUUGUACAGGGAGGUUUGCAGGUGGAACGGAGUCCUCUCCCUCAGAUCCUUCAGUUCACAUCGAGGUGGUGGUGGGGGAGGGUCAGUGGCUGGGUCCUGAGCUCGGAGUUAUUUAUUGCAUUUGGGUGCCUGUCCCCUCCAGGCAGCACAGAUUCUGAAUUCUGAUUCACAGCCCCUAGCCAGAUGGGAACUGGGAAAGAGACAGAAGGUAUCUGGGUGCUCUUGAGCCCUGUCUUAAAUGUUUGGGAUUGUCUCUCUCAUUGUUCCUUGGUUGGGGCUGAUGUCCUCUUUAGAGCCACACGUAGUGCUAUGAGAAGAUGGUAGGUGGUGGCUCAGGCCAGCUGGGGAGGACCAAGUCACACAGCCAGCGUGAGACCUGCAGUUCACCUAAACACAGAAUGAGAUCUCAGUAUGCCUCUAUGUAAACAGAUUCACAUAGGCCUCCAAUAUUAAUAAGGCUUUUUGCAUUUUUUUCCUCAAAGCUCUUAUGUUCUAACCCAUGAGAACCGUUUUACCUGCCCCUAAGGGCCACCAGCUUCGACCUGCCUCAGAGGACAGCAGCACAGACCAGCUGAUCCCUGUCUGAGGCCACAGAGCAGACGCCAUCCCCCUGUACAAUCAAAUUUGCUGGACAAACUUGAUAGGUUUCUCUGCUUAGCAACGAGCCUAUAGUUGGCACAUCUGUGUUUUGGCAUCUGAGGCUCCCAUCUGAGUGGAGGAGAAAGUGUUGUGUAUAUUAGCAAGGAAGUCUUGUGAAAACAGCUCGAUGCUGUGUGUGUUUAUGGAUUUUUCUGAUACAACAGCCAGCAUGGUUACCGAUUGGUAGAGAUUCUUGAACAUUCCCAAACUCUCGUUUUGAGUGAAUCAUUGUGCUAAGAAUAAAAUUUAAUAAAGAAGGGGGAAAAGGAGUAACUCUACCUGACUAAAUGUUACUCUAAUUUAUUUAUUUCUUUACUAAUUAAGUAAAAUCAGGAAGUAUGAUUUUUACAUCAACCAGAGAAUUUCUGAAUUUGUAGGGAAACACCAUGUUCCCAUGAUGAUGCUGUAAUUCUAAUAUACCUAGUCCCCAUAAACAGUAAGUACAAAUUAUUCCUUUAAAGCAUUUUUACACUUCCUGGAAUGAAUAUAUCAUAAGCAAUCUUUUAUCAAAUGCCAGCAGUAUAAAUGUUACUUCUGCUCUUUGCAAACCUCAAAACUCAUUUCUCUUGAUUAUGAACAACUGGAGAGAACCGUGCCAAAGCUUCACAGUUUCCCACCAGACCCCUGCCAGUGAGUUCAGAGAACUCGCAAAGCCACAGCAGGUGGCCCCAGCCACUGCCCUGCUCACAUGGGGCCCAAUGCCAGGUCACAACACUAAUAAUAUCUUUCAAAAAAUGUCUCUUUUUUUUUUUUUUUUUAAGCUACUGCUUGACUGUUCCUUAGAAUAAAUAAAGGAUAUUUUAUAAAUUA